CCAUCCUCUCAGCAAAGAGCUAGAUCCGCCACUGAUACACUAUGUUGUGUCACUCGAAUCACUUGGCUCAUAACUCCCAUUGGAUUGGUGGUGGUAGGCCUGGGUGGUUGUGAUGUUGAAGAAGGGGGAGGGGCGACGAAGAUUACUGAAGUGUCAGCAUGCACUUGGUGGCACGCGUCUUUAUGUCUCUUUGGUGCAAAUUUGUAUUUGUCAUUUUCACUCUCGACACGAUGCUUCCUGCAAGUCACAGAAGUUCAGCUUUAUAAUAAUUUCCCAGGUGAUACUGAACAUUUUUCGCAAUCACGGCAGACCGUAUAUAUAAGUCAAACCAAAAUUAUUUUGAAAUCCCUUUUUUGGGCCUCGAUAGAUUUCUGUUUGCAAUUGAUAAUUAUGUCCGACAUGAAUGUUGUAUCGCAGGAAAACCAUCACUGCUACUAAUCAUCGGCCAAAGGUAAGGAAUUAAACUGUAACUUCAUUUAGUAAGUGUUCUCGAGGACAAAGUUAAUGGACUUUCCAUUAAAAAAAAAAUAUGGAGAUAUUUUUAGUGGUUGUACAAUGACCACAAUAUCAUUAAUCUAUUCUGAAUAUUUCAUACAAAUUGCUAACAAGGCCAAAAUUCUGUACCAUCAUGAAUGUGGAAGUGCUUAUCAUGAUUUUUUUGGGGGGCAUGUGGAUUUCUCUUUUACAAUUAUACAUCAUAUAGAAAUAAGAAGAUGUGAAACUGAGUGAGAUUGUGGUAUUAAUGAUUUUAUUUUCUUACAGACAUGCAUCAGACAGUGGUAUUUCAAGCAUAUUUUGAACUUGAAGUAGAUUCAUGAAUACAUGCGAGGCAAAGGAAUGGAAUCGUCACUGAUACUGUACGUGAUAUAUCAUGUUAUCUGCUUGUCUACACAUGUUUAUUCUCAUAAGGAUCAAAUGAGAGACAAUUCUACCAAGGCACUCGUGUGGAAACUGAAAGAUCAAUAUCGCGAUGUUUCUGUCAGACCUAUCCGUGACCACAGGAAGCCCGUAGAAGUCUUCAUUCGAAUGUUGCUUUAUGAACUCAUCGAGUUUAACGAGAAUCAGCAGAAAAUCAUUGUUCGCUCUAAUAUGAGAUUGAAAUGGAUAGACGAGUAUCUACAAUGGGAACCGAGUGAGUGGGGUGAUAUCUACAACAUUACCCUUCAUAUCAAAGAUAUAUGGAAACCUGAUGUAGCUCUUGAGCAAAAUGUCCACAAAGACGGUAUUGGUAUUGUUGACACGUAUGUCAUCAUUCAACAUACUGGUUUAGUCGAUUGGUUAUUUCCUGCCAUUACCACAAGCGCCUGCAAGAUCAACAUUAAGUACUUUCCUUAUGAUAUCCAGCAAUGCAAUAUGACUUUCUAUCCAUGGACGUUGGCUCGUACUCAGAUGAGAUUAUUUGGACUGAAUGACGAAGAUGCCCUCCAGGAGAGGUUUGUCCGCAAUGGAAUAUGGAACCUGACUCAUUUUCUACCCGUCAAUGAAAGCAUCACAUUCAAGUGCUGUCCAGAUUCAUUUGACCAUGUCGUUUAUAUGCUGACGUUUGCCAGGGAAACAUCAUUCUUCAACACGAACAUAGUCAUUCCGGCCCUAUACCUUACCGUCCUGAUGUUAAUCGGCUUUUGGUUGCAUCCCGAUUCCGGGGAGAAGAUCACCUUCACAGUCACCAACCUCUUGGCUCUCAUUCUCUUCCAGCAGCUGGUUGCGGAAUUCAUGCCACCCAUAGGCGAACCAAGGUCCAUUAUCGUGACAUGUUUCUUCAUCUUGAUAACCCUGAGUGUAUGUUCCGUAAUGCUCACCGUGAUUGUCCUCCAUGUCUAUCACAAGGACGUUGUAUCUCGGCCUCCAUACUGGGCCUUCUGGCUUCUUAGAAUCUUCAUCAACAGAAACGCAGAAAAGAAAAUGAGGGAUUACUACAAAUAUCUCGAGGCAAAGGAAUGCGAAAGGAAAGAUCCCACUAUCCGAUACAUCUGUGAUACGGUACCACCACCCGCUGUUCUUGAAAACGCAUCUCCACCAUCAUCCGAAGUUGUUGGAGAGUCAUCUUCACUCCAAGAGGGGUCAGUCGACUCCAAUGUAUUCAAAGUGAAAUGCUCCAUGGAAUUAUCCAAUAGUUUCAUGUGGAAGCAGCUUGCUCAUGGCAUCGAUAGAGCCUUUGGUACUAUAUUGAGUGCAUGCAUGAUGGGAUGUGCAAUAUAUGCCGUUGUUUCCUUCAGUCAAGCUCCCUAGAUGUCGCAACGAAAAGAAUUGUUAUUUCAGAUUUCAAUAUUAUCUUGCUUAAUGGAAUGCGAUGCGGUUAAGAGAGCACAGAAAUGACAUAUACAUUUUCUUUUUAAACCUUUCUUGAUUAGAAGCUAUUAGUGUACAUUGUAGCAACAUGAUCAAAUAUCAAUAAAUAAAAUAAAAUAAAAACAUGUUUACAUUACGCACAAUAAAGGGAUCUGACAAUUUUCCUUGAUUUUGAUUGCUGAGAAGAAAAGUUUCUAUUUUAAUUGUCGGAUGUAAACAACUAUUUUUGGAUGUUUUGGAUGUUUCAUCCGAUAAAUCCAUGAGGCACAACUCCUAACAAAAAUAAAUUAAGUUUAUGCUGGUAAAAUAAUGUAAAAUUAUGUGAAACCUAAGGACCUAAAUAUUUAUACUCAAAUGCCAUAUUUUUUCAACAGAUGUGCAGUUCAAGCAACAAUUAUUAUUUAUUGACACAUUUAUUCAAAUUAAAGGUCAAAGGUCGUGUACUCAUACCGAUCUAAGUCUUACCAUAUUGGCCUGGAUUUAAAACAGCUUUGUCGUUACUAAACAAGUCCACAUCUACCCCUGAUAUUUGACAGUAAAACUGAAAUACAUAUUUAAUUCGGACAUACAUGAUAAACAUUCUAAUUAACCAAUAUAGUCUACGAAAUUAUUUAAGAAAAUGUGUUAAUCAGAUCUCAUAUUUAACUGAUUGAACUGAUCAGUUAAGUUUAUUAAAUGCCCUUUGCUCAUGAACGUU